CUGAUGGCCUUGGCUAAUGAAUAUGUGUAUGAUGUUGUACGAAACUCAGUUUCUUUGAACAAAGAGCAAAUUGGAAGCCAUUAUAAGCAUGUAAUGCCAAAUAAGAAAAUAACUUACUCUGCGCAGUUAACUUCAUCUGCAGGACUCAAGAAACAUGAGGAUGAAGCAUUACCACUUAAAGUUGAAAGAUACUCUUACAGAGAACAGAUGGAUCUGCCAUCUACCAAAUGUUCAUGUAAAGUAGUAAAGGGAAAAUCUUUUGUAUUGCAGGAAGAGAUGGGAUAUCACAGUUUUGUAGAAGGCUCUCCUGCUACCAGCUCUAAACACAGUGUGUUGAAGGAAGAAAAUUCUGCCUCUGAGGAGAAUCUAUCAGUCCAAUAUAUUUCAGUUUCUAAACCACCUAAUAUUCCUGUUAUUGAAAUAGGGGAUGAAACAGAAAUUUCUGCACAAGACAGAAAAGAAUGGAAAAACUUUGAUAGUGAGCAGAUGAAUCAACCAACUUCUGGAUGUUCAUGUAAUGCAACAAUGCAGCCAAGCCAUAUGCUAAAGGCAAAUAAAUCACCGGUCAAUGUUCCAACUCCAGAGGCAGAAAGAAAGGCAUAUGCUGCCAGAGAAAUGAAUGGGUAUGAUGACAGCAACAAGAAUUCUAGUCAGUAUGCUGAAGACAAUAUAUCAUUUGAUUCAGAAAGUGAUUGUUGUAAGCAACGUGUCCAUGCAUGCAGAGAAGCAAAGCCAGCAGGUUCCAUGCUAAAGGAAGAAGCUGUACUGCGUGGUAGUGGAAUGGAAUAUAUUCUAAUUCCUGUUCCUCAAGAACAAGAAGCAGAAUUUAAUUUUUUGGAAAUGGAAGUAGGAAACUAUGAUCCAGCAAAACAAGCAAGCCAUAUGCCAAAGAAACACAAAUUAGCUGCAGAUGUUCCUGAUUUUGAAGCAAUGGCUGUAUCUGUCAGUGAAAUGCAAAAACAAGGGGAAAUUCCUUUACCAUAUGGCAAAAUGAAUGUCCCCAUUGGUGGCAACAUGGAUUCUAGACAGUAUGGUGAAGACAAUAUAUCAUAUUCAGAAAGUGAUUGCUGUAAGCAACGUGUCCAUGCAUGUAGAGAAGCAAUGCCAGCAGGUUCUGUACUAAAAGAAGAAGCUGUACUCCCUGGCAGUGCAAUGGUAUAUUUUCUAAUUCCUGUUCCUCAAGGACCAAGAGCAGAAUUUAGUUUCUCAGAAAAGGAAGUAAAGAGCAAUGGUAUAAUAAAAAGUGAAGUGAAUGGCUCUGACGGUGGCGACAUACACAAUGGAAUUAAUUCCAAUCACUACGCUGAAGAGGAAGUAUCAUUUGAAACUGAAGGUAGCUCUAAACAGCAGCAUAUGUGUGCAUGUAGAGAAGCAAAGAAAGUAGGCUCUGUACAACAAGAAGAAACUGAUCUUCCAGCUUGUGGAAGGGUAUAUUUUCUAAUUCCAGUUUCCCAAGUACAAGAUACAGAGUUUAAUGUUCCAGGAAAGGAAGAGAACAUCUAUAGUGAUAAAGUGAAAGAGACUGAGAAACUAAUCUAUGGUGACAAAUCACCAGUAAAUGUUCCAACUUCAGAAAUAAAAAUAGAAACAGGUACUAUCAGAGAAAUGAAGAGUGAUAAUGAAAGUUACAUGGAUUCUAGUCGGUAUAUUGUAGAUGACAUAUCUUUUGAUUCAGGAACUGAUUUUGCUAAGCUACGUAUGUGUGGAUAUAGAGAAGCAAGGGAAGUAGAAUCUUCAGAAACAUCAGUUAGAGAUGUUAUGUACUUAGAUGAACAUGAGGAGUCUCUCAACAGAGAUGGAAACAUCCACACGGAGGAGAGUGAAAAACUAGCCUGUGGUGACAAGUCAUCAGUAAAUGUUCCAACUCCAGAAAUAAAAAUAACAGCAAGUACUGUUGGAAAAAUGAAGAGCUAUGAUGAAAGUAACAUGGAUUCUAUUCGGUAUAUUGUAGAUGAUAUAUCUUUUGAUUCAGGAACUGACUUUUCUAAGCUACGUAUCUAUGGAUGUAGAGAAGCAAGGGAAGUAGAAUCUUCAGAAACAUCAGCUACAGAUGUUAUGCACUUAGAUGAACAUGGGGAACCUCAUGACAAAGAUGGAAACAUCCAUAGUGAAGAGUCUGAGAAAUUAUUACGAUCAUUUGAUGUAGAGAGAAAAUUUUACAAGGAACAGAUGGCUACAGCCAUUAGAAAGUUGAACGACCGAGUCAAAGAAACAGAGGCUUUACGUGUUGAGAGAGAUUCACUAAAGACUGAUCUAGAUGCAGCCCAGCAUUACAUAAAACAGCACAAAAAAGCCAUAGAUAAGUUGAACAGCAUGAGAAAAGUGGAUGAACAACUGUCUCGAGAAAAUGAAGUACUUUUGAAGAAAAUUUAUCAGCUUAGUCACACUGCUUUCAAUCAGCAGACAACAAUUUCUAAAUUGAAGACUAAGUUGAGACAGAAGUCAAAGCAUUGCAGUUAUGUACAGGGAGGGGCAUAAAUCAAGAGCCUGAGUCUGUGGUGCAGAACACUGUAGUACAUGAGAGCAGUUUUGAAAUAGGGUGAAGUCCUAAGAUCAUCAGCAUUGUCAGAAAAAAUAAUGUUGCUUUUCAUUAAUAGCUUGCAUAGCAAUAUGGUAUUGGAUGUUGAAUAUUAUAUACAAUUUUCCUAGCUGUGAUGUUCUCAUGCCAACAUAAAAUACUGAAGAUACUUGCACAUCAUUUGGUAUAACAUGUGUGUGCUGAUCUAGGCGUCUUUCUUUUUAUUGUAAGAGGGUCAUUCUGAUAGUCUAGGAUAGUUAACUGCUCCAAGAGGCAGAUGCGCUUUGUGCAUGCUCUCCUGUUUUCAUAAUUUGACUGUGGUAAUUGAUGCUGCAGUAGUCAUCUUUGGCACUUAAGGCUAGAAGGUGUCACAAAUUCAAUUAAGUAAA